CGCCACAUCGUGCGGCAGCUGCGCCAGCGGGACCGCACGCAGAAGGCGCUCUUCCUGGAGCUGGUGCCGGCCUAUAACCAUCUCCUAGAGAAGGCUGAACUGCUGGCCCGGUUCUCAGACAAGCUGCAGCCAGAGCCAAACGAUGUCACUCCGGUCCCCCACCAGGGCCCUUGGGAGGAGGAGUCGUGGUCUAACUCAGACCAAGUCCCAUCACCAGACAUUCUGAGGGUGAAAUGGCAAGAGGAGAAGGAGGGACUUCGGCUGGUCUGUGGUGAGAUGGCCUACCAGGUGGUGGAAAAGACCGCAGCCCUGGGCGCCCUGGAGUCCGAGCUGGAGGAGCGGCAGGGCAGCGCGGCCGCCGAGCGCAACCUGCGCAACGAGCGCCGCGAGAGGGCCAAGCAGGCGCUGGUGUCCCAGGAGCUGAAGAAGGCUGCCAAGCGGACAGUGAGCAUUAGCGAGAACCCAGACACCUCAGGCAAUGGGACCAGGGAGAAGGCUGAGAUGACUCUCACUCUGCCUGCCGAGCCUGAGUUUCUGGAGAGUGAGGCUGGUGAGAAGUUGAAGAGGCCCUUCAGGUCGGCCUCCGCCACCUCCCUGACGCUGUCCCGCUGUGUGGAUGUGGUGAAGGGGCUUCUGCAUUUCAAGAAGAGAGGACACUCAAUUGGGGGACCCUCCGUGCAGCAGUAUCAGAGGAUCCCUGUGUGCGUGGCUGCCCGACUUCCUACCUGGGCUCAGGAUGUGCUGGAUGCCCACCUUUCUGAGAUCAAUGCAGUUCGUUUUGGUCCCAAUAGCAGCCUCCUGGCCACUGGAGGGGCUGACCGCCUCAUUCACCUCUGGAAUGUUGUGGGAGGUCGCCUGGAGGCCAACCAAACUCUUGAAGGAGCUGGUAGCAGCAUCACCAGUGUGGACUUCGACCCCUCGGGCUCCCAGGUAUUGGCAGCUACUUACAGUCAGGCUGCUCAGCUCUGGAAGGUGGGAGAGGCACAGUCCAAGGAGACACUAUCUGGACACACAGACAAGGUGACGGCUGCUAAAUUCAAGCUAACGAGGCACCAGGCGGUGACUGGGAGCCGAGACCGGACAGUGAAGGAGUGGGACCUUGACCGUGCCUACUGCUCGAGGACCAUCAAUGUCCUUUCCUACUGCAACGACGUGGUGUGUGGGGACCAUGUCAUCAUUAGUGGCCACAAUGACCAGAAGAUCCGGUUCUGGGACAGCAGGGGGCCCCACUGCACACAGGUCAUCCCUGUGCAGGGCCGGGUCACCUCCCUGAGCCUCAGCCACGAUCAGCUGCAUCUGCUCAGCUGUUCCCGUGACAACACACUCAAGGUCAUCGACCUGCGUGUCAGCAAUAUCCGCCAGGUGUUCAGAGCUGAUGGCUUCAAGUGCGGUUCUGACUGGACCAAAGCCGUGUUCAGCCCAGACAGAAGCUUUGCACUGGCCGGUUCCUGGGACGGAGCCCUGUAUAUCUGGGAUGUAGACACUGGGAAAUUGGAGAGUAGCCUACGGGGACCCCACUGCACUGCCGUCAAUGCCGUGGCCUGGUGCUGCUGUGGGAACCACGUGGUGAGCGUGGACCAGGCUGGGAAGGUUGUGCUCUGGCACUAGUGCCGUGACUUCCCUUGCCUGGGCUGGAGCUCUCAUCCGAAGCCUGAAGCCAGAGAACAGCUUCCCCCUUCACUGAGCUCCAGGGCCAGUGGGCCAGUGAGGUGUGGGCAGGGUGGGUGGUCUCAGGGCAUUUAGUAGGGAAGAAGGCCUGGCAGGACCUGGCCUGUUUGUUUAAAAACGAAGUGUGGGUUGGGGGUGAUUACAGUACAUUUUGUUUAACUCUGUCUCUUUACUUUCUCUGCCAAAAGUGGAAAAAAAUUACAUCUAAACUGGUGUCAGCUUGCCUCUUUGCAGCACUCAGGGAACAGAGAGGCCUUUGGGCUGGUGGCUCCAGGAGAUCCAGGCUUGGCCCCCUUUCCUCCUUGGGCACAGAACUGGGCAGAGCUGGCCUGGCCUCCGUGCUACUCAAGUCUGAGAGGAGACACGCAUGAGAAAGGCCAGAGGCAGCAAAGGGCAGUGAUUCUUGGAGCCAUGGGAACUUCACCCUUUGUCCACGCUGGUCCCGAGGCCGAGCCAACACCUUGGGCCUACUCAGAGUAGACUGAGGCUGAGAAGGGGCCGUGGGAGUCCGAGGAGGGAGGAGGGGAGGCAGCCGGGAAGGGCCCUGGUGGAAAGGGUCCUAACGAAUUGGAGAGUGAUGGCAAGUGCUUGGGACACAGGCCUGCCCUUAGACCAGGCAAGUUCUUGCUCCAGAGGCAGAGCCCGAGUGGGUGGGGAAUGGCCUGUGUGUCUGGGAGGGUAGCAGUGGACUGGGUUUGGGCCUGGGCCGUCGCUUACAUCGGCAUCUGAUUUAAUCUUCACAAUAUACUGCCGAAGUGCAAGGCAGACCCAACAGGGUAGAGCCUGGGGACCCCCUUUCCUUCAUCCUCCUGGGGCACGGCGGAGGGGUCAGCAGGACGGCCAUUGUCCGGAGCGAUGAGGACUGACCUGUGGGGAUCUGCCCAGCUCAGAGUCAGAGGCUUCACUCUAGAACCUAAGCCUCCUUUGUCAUCUUAGUUUCCCUUGGGGUCUUUUCCAGUCCCAGGGUUUUGGAAACCAUUUCCAGAAUGGACAGCAGAGAGCUAAGAGCCUGGACUCUAGCCCGACUGUCUGGGUGGGAAUCUCAGCUCCGCUAUUUAGCAGCUGAAUGAUUUUGAGCAAGUUAUCGUCUUUGUGCCUUAGUUUCCUUCUCUGUAAAAUGGGAUGAUAGUGUACACCUCAAGGAUUGUUGUAAGGCCCCAUUGUGCUAGUACUAGUAUUUGUAGAGCUCCUGGCAUAUGCCAAAGACUGUGUGUUGGUUAAAUAUCCAAAUCUGCUGACUCCCAGAUCACUCACUGCUCUUGGCCACCCAGCUGUCCCCUGAACUCUAGGUGAGAUACCCAGCUGCCUC